UCAUCUCGGCGGCGGCGCGGUGGACGCAGCAAGCGGACGCGAGGUCGAGAAGAAGCUUGCGCUCGACAAGGUCUAGGCGUGAGGCCUUCCUCUUACUGAGCCCAAUUGAGAUUUCAAUUGGGCUCAGAAGCCCAUCAAGUCCGCGUUAAAAAUCCCUCGUCUACCAUCUCGCCGCUUCGUUCCAAUCCUUUGGCGGGAAACCACCAUUGCGCCGCGCCGCCGCCUCCACUUCCCGCGCAAAGUAAAGCAGCCAUGGCCGGCGGCUCCUCCUCGCCAGCGAGCCCUCCACCGCCGGCUGCGUCUGCAGAGGAGAUGGAGGAGUACCAGAACUGGAAGAAGAACGCGGCGGUGCUCUACGACCUCGUCAUCUCCCACCCGCUCGAGUGGCCGUCGCUCACCGUCCAGUGGCUCCCCUCCGAAUCCCCAGGCCGCAGCCACCGACUCGUCGUGGGCACCCACACCUCCGAUGAGUCCCCCAACCACCUCAUGCUCUUGGAUGCGGUCCUCCCGCUCCCGCCCCGCCUCGCAGCGGCCGCCGCAGCCGCAGGCGGCGCCGUUCCGGCCCCGUCCGUGUCCGUCUCCCGCGUGGCGCCGCACCGGGGCGAGGUCAACCGCGCGCGGUGCAUGCCGCAGCGGCCUUAUAGGGUGGCCACCAAGACUUGCGUGGACGAGGUGCACGUGUACCAUCUCGGCGACGGCGACAGCGGCGAGAAGAGCGGCUCCGAUCUCGUUCUCAGGGGUCAUGAGGCGGAGGGGUAUGGAUUGGCGUGGAGCCCGAUGAAGGAGGGGUGGUUGCUGAGUGGCUCGUAUGAUAAGAAGGUUUGCCUAUGGGAUCUUGGCGCUGGGAGUGGAGCUCCUGUUCUGGAUGCGCAACAGGUGUUUGAGGCUCAUGAGGAUUUUGUUGAAGAUGUUGCUUGGCAUGUGAAAGAUGGAAAUAUAUUUGGAUCUGUUGGGGAUGACUGCAAGUUGAUGAUGUGGGACUUGCGUACGAAUAAACCAGAACAAUCUAUCGCUGCACACCAAAAGGAGGUCAACUCUUUGUCAUUCAAUCCAUUUAAUGAAUGGAUCUUGGCUACAGCAUCUGGUGAUGCUACUAUUAAACUAUUUGACUUGCGAAUAUUAUCAAGAAGCUUGCACACUUUCGACAGCCAUGAGGGGGAGGUGUUUCAGGUUGAGUGGAAUCCAAAUUUGGCUACUGUAUUAGCUUCAUCUGCCGCAGACAAAAGAGUGAUGAUAUGGGAUGUUAAUAGGAUUGGAGAUGAGCAGUCAGAGGAAGAUGCAAAUGACGGGCCACCGGAGCUGCUGUUCGUUCAUGGAGGCCACACAGCCAAGAUAUCAGAGCUGUCGUGGAAUCCUAGUGAGAAAUGGGUCCUUGCCAGCGUGGCUGAAGAUAACAUCCUGCAGAUCUGGGAAAUGGCAGAAAGCAUCUACGGUGAUGACUAAAAUCCGCACGAUAAUGACUUGUGUCCCACCGCAUAAGAGAUACCCACCUGUUCUGUGGUGUCUUUGGAGGGAUUUUAUGCAGUUAACUUGUAGGAUUCGAGAUACUUGUGUUUACCUCCAAAUUUUGAUAUCUAUAUAAGUAGCGACUCCUAACAAAUAUUA